AAACAUCAAUUUCCAACUAGAAAUGAAACUAUAAACCCUUGUCCUGUUUUCUGCAAAGGUUUAAGGUUAAGGUUUUGCGAAGCACGUGAUUCCUGUAAUGGCGUCCAUGGUAUCUACCAAGGCCAACCAGUUUCGCUAUUCUACGCGUCUUCUCUUCUCACGAUUUCUUCACCAUGGCAGGCCCUCCACGCUUUCAACUCCUUUCUCUCCUCAUCUUCAACUACUUCAUCAACCUUACCAGGCUCGGAACCAAGGUUUUGGUAAUGGGUCGUUAGGGUUGUGUCAAAGGUUUCUGUCUUCUUCUGCUGUUAAUGUCAGUGGAGAAAAAUCAGCCACAGAUUCAGAUCACUCUGCAAAAGAUGGUUCUGGCCAAGGGAGUGAGGCUGGAGGUGGAGGAGAACAGGAUCAGAAAAGUUAUGCUAGGAAACCUGUUCGUGGAGGGCCUAUCUCUUGGUUGAGUUUUGUCUUACUGGUUCUCACUGGAGCUGGAUUGGUGUUCUACUAUGAUAGGGAAAAGAAACGACAUAUUGAAGAAAUACGUAGUAACACGGAGGCAGUUAAGCAGGGGCCUUCUGUAGGAAAAGCUGCAAUUGGGGGCCCAUUUCGCCUUAUCAACCAUGAAGGAAAACAUGUAACUGAAAAGGAUUUCUUGGGAAAGUGGACUUUGUUAUAUUUUGGCUUUACUCACUGUCCAGAUAUCUGUCCGGAUGAACUACAGAAGUUAGCUGCUGCUGUUGAUAAAAUAAAGGAGAAAGGUGGAAUUGAAACUGUUCCAGUUUUUAUCUCUGUGGAUCCUGAGAGGGAUACCGUUGAACAAGUGGGUGAAUAUGUCAAAGAGUUUCAUCCAAAGUUAAUUGGAUUAACUGGUAGUCCGGAUGAGAUCAAGAAUGUUGCCCGUGCAUAUCGUGUUUAUUACAUGAAGACAGCAGAGGAAGAUUCAGAUUAUCUUGUUGAUCACUCCAUAGUUAUAUACCUUAUGAGUCCUGACAUGGAAUUUGUAAAGUUUUUUGGCAAGAACAAUGAUGUUGACUCACUUACUGAUGGAGUGAUUAAAGAGGUAAAGCAGUAUAAGAAGUAAGCUGCACAGCCUUGCUAUGGUUCCCUUAUUUCUGUCACAUGUGGAAACAAAAUUACCAAUGAAUUUUGGCCUCAGUGGUAGUUGUUAACUACACCAGCAUGUCUAAAUGCACUUCUCAAGUCUAGCUUCUCUCGAAGUGAUUCUGGAGAUUUUACAGUUCCAAAAAGCAACUAAAUUGGUGUCAUUUAUUCAAUGUUUUGUAUUGUUCUUGAAAUUUUUUUGGAGAUAUGUUGUUAUUUAUGUGCAGUUUGAGAUGCAAGGGCCAUGUUCAACAUA